AUUUGUUUUAUACAUUUUAGUUGAAUAACACAUUAUAUUGAGUUGUGUUUAAGGAUUAAAGGACAUGUAACUGAAGAAAAUUACCAAUAUUGUCCCUUUUUCAGUGUAUUAUUACGGUAAUAAUAUGUUUUGGCAGAUUAUAAUCAAAUAAAUCAUUGUACCACAAUAUUAAAAAACAAACAAAGAAAGAAAAAACAACAUAAAAUUUUACAUUUAUUCGGAUCAUAUUAGCGGGCGGUUUUACUGAUGUUUUAUUCUGAUGAAAAUAAAAAGGAUUUAAAUAACCUUAAUGAAAACAUUAAAUGGACUCAUUUAAAUGUUAAAUAUCUGCCAAAAAUGUUUCAUAUUAAUUUUAAUAGAUCAGGAUGGGUAUUAUAUGUUCACAAAAAAGGCAAGAUUGCUAAAGUUACUCUUAGAACAACAAUCAAAAACUUAUUUCUAUUUGAUAUCCCUAAUUCAGUCAGGAAAUACUACCUCUACUUAUUUUCCAUGAGUGAUCUAUUAAUGAUUUCUAGUGUGUCAGGUUCAUCUACUCUCUCAGAAGAUCAUUAAUGCUGUACUUUCUCUUGCACUACUUCAUUUUCCUAAAUCAGAUGGUCUGUCCCUCUCUCAUCUCAUUUACCUUCAAUUAAAAUUACAUUUCCCUGUUUAAGGGCCUCCAUUACUCAACAAGAGUCAAGUAUCUGUGACCCGCUAUCUUCAUUAUGUUUCCAUUAGCUACAAAGCUGAAGCUUUACUUUGGAACAAAAUCUGAAGUUGCAUGUGAAUAAACAACACGCUCAGAGCAAAAUUGCAUAUUGCACUAUAUUUUUAAGUCUUGGAUUAUGUCAUUUUUCUUGGGUCAAACGUUUGUCUCCUCGCAUAUCGGGAUUUGGCUCAGAGUUUAACUGGGAUUAAGUGAAGACUUAUUUGGUAGAAGAAAUUUUGUGAAUUAUUAUUACAAUUUAAAAUAACAUUCUUGUAAUGCAAAGCUAAAUGUUUUGGGGUUUAGUGUAAAAUGAUACAGAAAUCAUGCUGAUUUGCUGUUCAAGAACUUUUUUGUUUGCUUACAUUGCUUAAUAUCAUUAUUCUUUGGUAUGGUUUUCUAUUCAUCGUCAUUCCUUUAUACUUUCUUUCUGUUUAAGAGUUUUCCACAUAUAUACUGAGUAGCAAGCCACUAUUAAUAAUCAAGAACAUAUUAAAGGCCUAACUGGGCAGCAAAUCAGCCUAUUAGAUUUCUGCCAGAUCAUGCCAUACUGAAGUAAUGAUGCUGAAAAUACAGCUUUCCCGUGAGAAAUAAAUGUCAUUUUAAUUGAUAUUAUAAUAAAAUACAGGCAUUUUAAAUUGCAAUAAUAGCUCAUUUCAUGUUUUUGCAAGAACUAAAAAUCAUAGCAACCACAAACAUAAACGCUGAAGGUGAAUGGAAAGCCCAUUUCAUCGAAUAUCCACUCACCCACAGAAGAUUAAAUCCGUUCUCCACUUCAUUAUGCCGUAUGUAUGCAUUUUAACAUCGUGCAGGUCGCGCGUUGUUUUGAAUCGCUGCUGCGCAUGCGCUCGUAGAAAACAACCGUUAAAAACAUGGCGCUUCUUGCGUAAAACGGACUUUAGGCUACUGAUGUGAUGCUGAACCUAACAGCAUUUCAUUGGUUGCAGGUAAUAUGCUGAAACGCCUUAAGUCACGUUUAGAGUUAUUCGGUCAUUUUGAUAAACUACGGGAAUUUCGCGCUUAAAUUUCGCCUCAUUAAACUAAUUUGCUUGAUUUUGAAAGUGAACUACAUGCACGAGCUGGCUUUCACAUGGCUACACUUUUCAAAACAGACAAAAUACCGCGCGGUUUUCACUUCUGUCUGAAUUUUACCCCUUUAAGCGUCGCCCGUAUUCGUAACGGUCCCACUUUUCCCCUCACACGUGUGUUACAAAUAAAGGCUCUCUGCCGGUCUCCCAGCCUCGGAACACUGCACAAGAAACCGCAGCAUCUUCCCGCUACAGAUAUUAAGUUUGUUUCGUCUUUCAUGCCUAACAGCGCGGAAACGUCCAGGGAUUUCUAGUCUGGUUUUCUUUUAACAGCAUGCCGGCAUCAUGAGCUCCACAUGCACGAGUUACAGCAGCGGAGAGAGGGGCUUCGUGAAGGGCUUCUCCUGUCCCUCCUCGGACGGUAACGCCGGGGCUGUGUUCUGCUGUGGAUUCAACGACAUGAAGUACUGCUGCGAUGAUCCCAACAGCUUUUUCCCUUAUGAAUACGGAUAUAUGUGGUGGCUCAGGGGAUUCAAACCUGCAACCUUAAGUUUCGGAGCUCUGUUGGGUCUCUCCAUAGCAGCUGUGGUCUUGUUGGUCUUCGUCAUCACCGUGUGUGUCUUCUGCUACCUCUUCAUCGUCACCAAACCCGGUCGCAGGGACGACGGCCUCAACCUUAGUGCGCCAGGAUCUGAUUUAGCAUCUGAGGCCAGGCCUACUGGACCGAGCGACUACCUCAGCCGCAAAGACUGACCCUGAGCGGCUCUUUCAGCGCUGCUUGACCACAGCUGUUACCAGAACCGAGACAGGCCGUCAUGGGAGUUAAUGUGGUUCCGAUCACAUGUUUGGUCAUGGCAAUGUCUGCACAUGAAUGUCUGACGACACAAGACGACCAAUCAACCGUUUCAUCAGAGCUUCCAGUGAAAAGUACUACAGAUGGACCAAACGACUCAUCGGGAAUCACUGAAGCCCACUCCGCUUGGCCCACCGUGCUCGGUGCAUUGACAGCAGUGCUGUCCAUCGGUCUCCUGAUAGCACUGGCCGUGAGGUACCGCUUCUUCCGAUGGUGCCUGACCAGAAACAAUCACGCUUUAUUAUUGGAGGGUGAAACGGCCAGUCAGUUCAGCCAGGCUGGAGAUCUGGAGGGAGAGAUCCCAGUGCGUGGCAUGAGGGGCAGAAUGAUCCGGCGUGGAGAAAGUUCAGAUGAGAAUGAAGACGACGAUGGCUUCAUCGAGGACAACUACAUCCAGGCGAAUGAGAGAGAGAAAGCAGAGGAAGAGGAAUUCCAGCAGGAAGAUACUGAAGACAGCGAUGAUGAACUGGUCAUUCCAGACAUUAUAUACAUUGACUGAUUUUCUGUACGUCUCCACUGUGGAUAUAAAGUCUGGAAUCACUAUGACAGUUUGGACUCUUGUAUUUCUAUUAGAUGAUGUUCUUCGGAAGUCUUUGAAGGAAUAUUCUGGUUGUAGAAAAAGUUAAGUUUAAUCUUCAGCAUUUGUGGCAUCCUUUACUUAAAAGGUUAUAGAGGAGCUCACAAUGGACGUGAAUGGAGCCAAUCCGUAAAUGUAAAAAUACUAAACACUGUACAGCCACAAAUGAGCAUGAAUCAAGCUCAAAAAUGAUUAAAUUCUGGAAAAAAAUCACUAACCAUUCUGCUUAUGCCCAUAAUUAAAAAUGAAAAUAAAAUGAUUUAAACAGCUUUACAGAACAAAUAAUACACAUAUAUUAUUUUAAUACAAGAAUUUUUAAUUAAUUGAAGUAAUUAUUAUAAUUGAAGUAAUUAUUAUUAUUUUGCUAAUAAUAUUUACACCACAAAUGCUGUUGAUUGAGCUUGACUUGGAUAUAAACCCUUAAUAUUCAUUUAAGACAUUCAAGGGCUGAAUCUAAUGGGUUUUGCAUACAUGUCUUAUGAUCACAGUUUACACAACAGCUCAACAUCUCAAACUUAUGAAAAUUAAUCCAUCCAUAAUAAUUGUUAACUGUACUUAUUACUUUUGUGGCUUUUUCUUUGAAUGUUUUUUCUAAAUGUCUGAGUCUGUCUUAAAAAUGUAUCUUAUCUUUAAUACUCCAGCAAAAAAAAAAAAAAAUAAUUGAAGAAACAUGCUUAUGUACAUAUAUUUCACCGCCUAGCAUGAAAUUAGCACAACAUUGUAUUAGGUGAAUUAAUACAAUUAUGUAGAGCUCAUGACUAUAUUACACAUAUACCGCUUACUUUGAAUGCAGCUGUAUAGACUCUAUCAUAGAUUUCAUCAGCAAUUGUGGAUACUCGGUCAUUCAACAAAUAUAAUAACUGUGUAUAGAAAUAACUGUUGCCAGUUUUUAGCGCCAACUAUAGACAGCUGCGUAGACUUCAAGUUAACAACUUCACUUCGAGUCAAGAGACUAUGCUUACUUUUUGCCACAGACACAGUGCAAGUUGUAUGCCAGUGUGCUAGAAGUUUCUGUUCAAUCAUCAGAUUGGAAAUACACGGUGAAGUUGAACGCAAUGCAUUCUGGGAUAUGGUAUUCAAAAGAGUGAACUUUGCUGUACAUUGUGCAUUCAUUCCAGGUGUUCAAUUCAAGAUUAAUUUCCAUACAGUUACGAAAUAUUCGUUUUGAUUCCAACUAUAAGGUCCAUUGACAGAAGCUCAUUAAAACCACACGUAAAAUGA